AGUCCGUGAGUGGCCGAUGAAACGUAAACCGGUCCCCCCUGCGAAGUAGAGCGAUAACCGACCGAACUUCUUUUCUAUAUUUCUUAGAUCUGACUCUCGCCCCUUACCUUUUUAAGCACGCUACAAGAAAAACAAGCAGCGAAGAGCUGCUCCAACCAAGCUCCUCUCUCUCGCGCGUACAGAGAGGGAGUUAAAUCUCAGCAAUAAAAGGACGCGCAAGAACUUUCUGGGGGGUGAAAGAGAGAGAGAGAGAGAGAGAGAGAGAUCCGGGGGAACAGUUUUCUGGUCGAUCCGUCCGUCGAAUCGAAGAUGAAUAUAUUCAGAUUGGCUGGUGACAUGACCCAUUUAGCCAGCGUCCUCGUCUUGCUCCUCAAGAUCCACACUAUCAAAUCCUGCGCUGGUAUUUCCUUGAAGACGCAAGAGCUCUAUGCUAUUGUUUUUGUUACCCGGUACUUGGAUAUUUUUACUAGCUUUGUAUCCCUUUAUAAUACCUUCAUGAAGUUAAUAUUCUUGGGGAGCUCGUUUUCAAUUGUUUGGUAUAUGAGGCGCCACAAGAUUGUUCGUAGAUCCUAUGACAAAGACCAUGAUACAUUCCGCCAUUAUUUCCUUGCACUGCCUUGCUUACUCUUGGCCCUACUUAUCCAUGAGAAGUUCACCUUACAGGAGGUCAUGUGGACAUUUUCCUUAUAUUUAGAAGCUGUGGCCAUACUUCCUCAGCUCAUAUUGCUACAGAGGACUAGGAAUAUUGACAACCUGACCGGACAAUACGUAUUUCUUCUUGGUGCUUAUCGGGCACUCUACAUUCUCAACUGGAUUUAUCGCUACUUCACUGAGCCACACUAUGUUCAUUGGAUAACUUGGGUCUCCGGGCUUGUUCAAACAUUGCUUUAUGCUGAUUUCUUCUAUUAUUAUUUUGAUAGCUGGAAGAACAGCAAGAAGCUUCAAUUGCCAGCUUGAAUUCUUCCUCCCUCUUUUGCUGGGAACUAAAGAUGUCAUGUAAUGCACAAGAUAUGCAGAGGUUGCCACCCAAUAGCUCAGAGAUAUGUCACUUUUUUACAUUAAACUUUCAUGAGGCCAAAAAAGGGACCAAAGAGAAUUUUUUUGGGAUUAUGUUAAGGUAGCAGUCAUGGCAAACAAUGUGCAUCAGCACUAGGGAGGAAACAAGCUACUCUUGUACCUAAUUUUAGUAAAUUUUGUGAAGGAUGAAAUGGUCAAAAACCUGUGUUGUAAACCACCCCCCGGCAAAAUAAAAGACUGUAAUAUGAUAUGUGAUUGCUA